AUGCUCUACACAAGCUUAUGUCGCCGACGAAAUAUAGCGCAAUUGGCAUUCCAAGGACAAGAAGCGCCUGUCGAGCUCCUGACGGGUAAGAAAACGCGCGGGCGUGUUACGGACAAAGCAUCUUUGCAUCGAGCAUGCUGUCCACCAGCUUAUAUACUGGCGUGA